AAGGUGCAUCUACACUGUUGAAUUAAUCCAGUUUGGCACCACUUGAACAUGCCAUGGCUCCAUGUGAUGGAAUUCUGGGAGUUAUAGUUUUACAGGGUCAUUUGACAUUAGCUCAGGGCUCCUCUCAUCCCAAAUGGACCUCAAACGAAUCUGUGGCACUUUAUCUAUGUUUUUGAGUUUGCAACUUAUGAUGUGCACUUUGCUAAUCUACUAUUACAACCUCACUGUUUUUAAUUCUAUGUUUUAGUAAGUGUGUUUUUAUUCUCCUGGUUAAUGUUGAAAUAUUAUAACUGGUGCAUGUUAUUGUUUAUUGAUGUAUUGUACUUUGUUAUUGUUUUGUAUCUGAUAUUUCUGUGAGCCACCCUCCAGGGGGGAGAUGGAGGGGGGAUACAAAUAAAAUUAUUAUUAUUAUUAUUAUUGUAUGACACAGCAAACAAGAUAGAUAUGUUGGAUUUCGUAUCACAAAAUCACAAGUCGAACACUUCCCAAGUGUCCAGGACUGUGUGAUGUAUUUAUUAUUAUUAUUAUUUUAUUAUGACACAGCAAACAAGAUAGACAUGCUUCCCAAGUGUCUAGGACUAUGUGAUGUAUUUUCGGAAAUAAUAAAUGUAAUAAUAAUAAUAAUAAUAAUAAUAAUAAUAAUAAUAAUAAUAAUAAUAAGUGCAGUAAAAUAAUAAAUGUAAUAAAUAGAGUAAAAUAAUAAAUGUGUUAAUAAUAUUAUUGAGUCUCACUUAUCCAAGCUAAACAGGCUGGCAGAAGCUUGGAUAAACGAAUAUCUUGGAUAAUAAGGAGGGAUUAAGGAAAAGCCUAUUAAACAUCAAAUUAGGUUAUGAUUUUACAAAUUAAGCACCAAAACAUCAUGUUAAACAACAAAUGUGACAGAAAAAGUAAUUCAAUAUGCAGUAAUGCUAUGUAGUAAUUACUGUAUUUACUAAUUUAGCACAAAAAUAUCACGAUGUAUUGAAAGCAUUGAAACAAAAAUGGCUUGGAUAAUCCAGAAGCUUGGAUAAGUGAGAUUCUACUGUAAUAAAAAUAGAGUAAAAUAAAUGUAAAAGUAACAACAAUAAUAGAGUCAAAUAAUAAAUGUAAUAAUAAUAAUAAAAAUAGAGUAAUGGCUUGGAUAAUCCAGAAGCUUGGAUAAGUGAGGCUUGGAUAAGUGAGACUCUACUGUAAAUGUGCUUAUGUAUCCUUUUUAAUAAUAAUAGAGUGAAAUAAUAAAUGUAAUAAUAAUAAUAAAUGCAGUAAAAUAAUAAAUGUAAUAAAUAGAGUAUAAGCCGAGAGCGGUAAAUUUCAAAAAUAAAAAGAGAUACCAAUAAAAUUACAUUAAUUGAGGCAUCAGUAGGUUACAUGUUUUUGAAUAUUUAUAUAAAACUGUAACUUAAGAUAAGACUGUCCAACUUUGAUUAAAUCAUUAAAUGUGCUUAUGUAUCCUUUUAAUAAUAAUAGAGUAAAAUAAUAAAUGUAAGAACAAUAAUCAUAUCAGAGUGAAAUAAUAAAUGUAUUAAUCAUAAUAAAAAUAGAGUAAAUUAAAUGUAAAAGUAACAACAAUAAUAAAGUAAAAUAAUACAUGUAAUAAUAAUAAUUAAUAGAGUAAAAUAAUAAAUGUAACAAUACCAAUAAUAAUAGAGAAAAAUAAUAAACAUACCAUAUAUACUUGAGUAUAAACCGACUUGAAUAUAAGCCCACCAGGACCCUCACCCAAGUAUAAGCCAAGGAGGGGUUUUUUUCAGUCCUAAAAAAGGGCUGAAAAACUAGGCUUAUACUCGCGUAUAUACAGUAUGUUUAUUUUAUUUGAAUGUCCCAAGUCUUUAAGGCCCCUUCCACACAGCUGUAUACAAUCCACAUUGAACUGGAUUAUAUGACCGUGUGGACUCAGAUAACCCAGUUCAGUGCAGAUAUUUGUGGAUUCUCUGCCUUGAUAUUCUGCGUUUUAUGUCAGUGUGGACGGGCCCAUAGAUCCAGUGAAUCCUCCCAGGGCAAGGCUUAUUCUGUGCACAAUUUUGCUGCAAACCCUUUGCAUUGGGUUGCAAAGGAAAUGUUGCUUGCAAAAGCAGCCUGGGUUUUUUUUUGCAGAACUUUUCUUUCUUUGCGAAAGAGUGGCGGGAGGAGGAAAGAAUGGGUUGAGAAGAGGGGGGACGUGGCGGAAAAGGGGGGCGCAAAGUGCUUCUCGCACUGAAGCCUCCUCCCAGAAUGCAUUGCAAGGGAAACCACAGCCAGCUUCAAAAGGUGAGAAAAGGCUACAAAAGGAUGCUGCAAAGAGAGAAGGAAGCGGCUUUUGAGCACAGAAGAAUCCUAGCAUUGUCGAUCCGGAAGAGACCCCAAGGGCCAUCCUGUCCUAUUCUGCCAUGCAGCAAGGCACCAUCAAAGCCCUCCCGACAGAUGGCCAUCCAGGUGUUGCGUCGCCCCGGCCCUCGUCGGUCUCCUCUCUGGGCGGCAUCGGCGUUGGCAUGGCCUCCGACCCCAUGUUGGGCAGUUGCACCUCGGUCAACACGGUCUGUUCGGACAGUGACCGCCCGGUCAGCCUGAGCUCCUCGGCCUCCUCGGCUUCGCUCCAGGACAGCCAUAGCUCUUUCGGCAGCAGCGGAGGCCUCCUCGGUUGUCCGCCGCCGCCGCCGCCUUCAUACGCCCACCGAAACGGGAGCGAUAUCAGCUUGGACCUGACGCCCGUGGCCCUUCUGGAUGCCCCUGGGUACCCCAAGGACCACCCCGGGCGGGCCAAAGAGCGGCGGAUGAAGCUCUCGCACCUGGACCGGGUGGUGUUGGAGAUCGUCGAGACGGAGCAGGCCUACGUGCGGGAUCUCCGGAGCAUCGUGGAGGAUUAUCUCGGUUGCAUCAUCGACUGCGGGCAGCUGCCACUCAAACCCGAACAGGUCAAUGCCUUGUUUUGCAAUAUUGAAGAUAUCUACGAAUUCAACAGCGAGCUGCUGGAAGACAUGGAGCGGAACCCCAGUCCACAUGCAGUCGCGGAGUGUUUUGUUCAAAGGAGUGAAGAAUUUGACAUCUACACCCUGUACUGCAUGAACUACCCCAACUCUGUCUCGGUCCUUCGGGAAUGCAUGGAGAAUGAAGCCCUGGCUAAAUUCUUCCGUGAACGGCAAGCCACGCUCUCGCACUCGCUGCCCUUGGAGACCUAUCUCCUGAAACCGGUCCAGCGGAUACUGAAGUACCACUUGCUGCUCCAGGAACUGGCCAAGCAUUAUGACAAGAGCAGCGCUGGCUACGAAGCCGUGGAAGAAGCCAGCAUCACCAUGACUGCCGUGGCCUGGUACAUCAACGACAUGAAGCGCAAGCAGGAACAUGCCACGCGGCUGCAGGAAAUCGAGGGCCUGCUACUCGGCUGGAACGGCCCGGAAUUAGGGGCUUUUGGGGAGCUGAUCCUGGAAGGGCAAUUCCGGGUGCCGAGAGCCCGCAAAGAGAGGGUCUUCUUCCUUCUCAGCAAAGUGAUCCUGAUCGCCAAGCGGCGGGGAGACACCUUCAUCUACAAGAGCCACAUCUUUUGCUGCAACCUGGCUUUGCAAGAAAACACCAAAGACCCGAUGAGUUUCAAAAUCUCUGACCUUUCCAUCCCCAAACAGCAGCAUGUUGUCCAGGUGCGAAACCAGGAAGAGAAAAGGCUCUGGAUCCAUUACCUGAAGCGUUUGAUAGUAGAGAAUCACCCAGCAUCCAUUCCCCAAAAGGCCAAACAGGUUCUGCUGGAAAACAGCUUCCAAAGUUCUCCCGAAGCAUAUUUUGGUGCCGAAUCUCCCAAAAAGCCCCUUCCUUCUCCGCGGCUGGAUGAGUGCAAGGCCUCUGCACGCAACAGGCGGCAAUCGGAUCCUCCGGAAUACAUGUACAGUCCAGAGCGAGCCCGACGGAGCUGCCCGGUCCUGGCACUGGAAAAGAGUGGCUCCUCCUGGCGUGGGCGAAGGCAGUCCGAGCCGGCUAAAGAUUCCCAAAUCCUGUUUCAUCAAGCAGAUGUGGACAAAUUAAAGGCCUCCGAUAGCGAUGGGGAGCUCUUUCCAACUCCGGAGCAACUCAACCUCUCCGGAGCUCCUUCUGCCUCGGUUUCUGUUCUCGUCGGCGAUUCGGGAGCCGAAAAGUCCGAUCCGGACAAAGGAGAAGCGGAGUUCUCUCUUGCCGAAGAGUCUAUCCCGAGCAAUUUCUCCAUCACGGAAGAGAUCCUGGAAUUGCUUAGCCAGCGGGGUCUGGAUCAGGAUGCUGGGAAAGACGUGGUUUUUGUGGACGAGGUGAAGGUGGAAGCAAGCCACUUGGACGCCCAGGACCAGCCCCUACCAAAGGUUGCACUGGGAGAAGGAGAGGAGAAAGGAGAAGAGGAAGAAGGCGCAUUCCAAGAGGAUCCUUCUAUAGAUGCCAUCCAUGGACCCAGGGAGACCAUCCAAGACCAUCUGGCCCCGGUGCUUCGCCAUUCGUUUACUAGUGACUCCUCGGAAGAAGAGGAACGGCAUCAGGAAGGGUCAGACGGACCUUCUCCCCUCCACGUUCUGGAAGAUUUGGGCUCUGCAGAAGCCAGUGGAAAACUGGAGGAGACCCUCAAUGAGGUUUCCCACCAAGAUGAUACCCAAACCAGUGAGAUCCUCUGCCCUGAGGAUGGUGAGCAAUCCCAUCAUCCAACCGCAGGCCUCCAAAAGGCAUGGGGUGGCCCCAGAGAGGUCAAGAAGACAGAGGAGGGUCCCAAGCGGGACUCCACUUUGACCAAGGAGGACUGGCUCUUGAUUGAGAAGAUCAAGAACUACUACGAAGGGGUGGAGAUGGCGGUGGCGACGGUGGUCAAGAAGGACUACACUCCUCCUCCGGUGCCACCCGGCGUAGUGCGAGAGUCCAUCCUCCGCUUCAACAGUAUCCUCCAGCGGACCGAGUCUCCGGACGGGGAAGUGGGCGGGGCCAGACCCAGGAAGUUCUGCCCAGCAUCUGCCAGAAGCCAAUCAAGUCACGUGGAGAGAUCUCCCAGCCAUGAAGAUCCCAAAGAGGGGCGGAGCCAGAUGUCCUUGAGGCCAGAAGCGUCAACAAGGGGGCGGAGCUCUUCUGAAGGUGGCCAAUCAGCAAACGAUGGUGCCGAACGUUCCGCUCAGGGCAGGUCCCAUUCAUUCCAUUCUGAGAACGAGCAGAACUCACGUCUUGAUGUGGAAUCGAGUGUGGCCCACAUGGAUCGAGGGAACGGAUUGGAGGACGACCGCACUGAGUUCAAGUCCUGUGCCGAGAUCCGGAGAGCUUGGCAGGAGAAGGAGCGGGAAACCAUGGACGGGGGCAACCGGCAGUCCUACGCGUCCCCCGAAAAGACGCUAUACGUCGAGCCCCUGCGCAUCGUGGAGGAUUCGGACCUCGAGGACCCCCCAAGCAGAGAUCCAGAAGGUGCCAAGGUAGUAGAGAUGCCCACAGAGGAGUCCUCUGCGUAUCUCCCGACUUUGGGCAUUUAUGAAAACAACGGAGGAGACCCGUGCCUCCUGGAGAACUCGGAGCGGAUCCUCAGCAAAGUCCAGGCGCUGGCAAAGAUGUACAGCGAGAAGAUCAGCCGGCUGAAAGUGCAAAAGAGGGGAGCAGAGAGGCCGGGGAUGAGGCCCCGGGACCCGCACCGGAAGGGCCCCAUCCGGACCUCGGUUGGGACACCGGAGGGGAAGCUCGGGCCCAGCAUCCCCCAAUGUGAGCCACGGAUCUAUGGCCACGUCCUCAUCCACGAGCCCCUCCAGCAUGUCAUUGGGAUCCAGGAAAACACGCCUCUCCUCGCCGUCACCCGGGGCACGGCGUUGGAGCUGCGCAGCGAAAGGCCGCCUCGGUUGCUCUCUCUGGACCUCUUGGCUCCCCUCCGCCAGUCCUUGCUGAGCCUUGCGCCUGGACCUUCGGAAGCUCAGCCAAACACCUUCCAAAACAAAGACUUAUCGGAAAACUCUGAAAGCCAUUUGAAUCCUUCGAUGCCAACAACGGGAAGCAAAGAAAAGGAGUCUCCUUUGCCCCUCAAACGCAUCACUGAGACAGGACUUUGCCACAUGAAUGCCAAAACACCGAAGGAUGUUGGAGACGUUGUGCCGUCCUUUUGCAGGAACCAAGUGGAGGCAUCUAGAGAAUCGGAAGUAUCUGGCUUUUCCUUAGAACCGCAGCAGAAGCUCAGGGGCCCAGUGGACACAGAUGCUUCCAUAAUAGACAAACCCAAACCCAGGUUUCCCAGCUCCACAACCACCGAAGGGCCAUCACCACUGAAAGAGGAGCAUCUUCCGUCUCUUCCAAGUGACGACUUCCAGGCAAACAAAGCCAACUCUUCUCCUCCUCUAGAGUUGAAUGAGAACAAUAAUAGGGAUGCUGAGGAACCAAAUGGGAGCAAGGAGCACUCCAAAACACUCCAAAACACCCCAGUCCUGGAUCUUUUAAAGCCGCAAUCCGAGGCCUUUCUAAGGAACGUUCCCCGUGCCGUGUCUCCUCUUUGUCCGGGUUCGCCUUUACGGGAUGCCCAUCCUGCCCCUUCUUCCGAUCCCACGGGUGGAUCGGAUCUCUCUGCUUCCGUCCCUGCCGCACCGACGCCAAAGCUCUUCCCCACUUCGCCGGUCCGGCGGUGCCUCUCGUCCAGCGCUGCUGCCAUUUCGCGGUACAUUGCCGCCUCCUGCAUCAGCCAGAGCUUGGCUAAGAAGAAUGGCGCUCCUCAGCCGGAGGAGCUCCAAGUGCCUUUCCAGCCUCUCACGCCUCCAAGACCAUUAGCCAACCCGUUGGUGCUGCUCCCCAAGGCGGCACCCAGGGCUCAUGGGAAGCUAGAUACGCCGAACGCCGAAACCGGAUCUGCUUCUCCUUGUUUUAGAUCUGGACCUCUCUCGCCAACCCGCCAUCGGGAUUUCUCCUCCACUGCCGUCGAUCGGCGCUGUCCGUUCUCGUCCGCUUCGGAGCCGAACUCUCGCGUUCAGUCCCCUUUACCUGUGAAACCCAGAGUCUGCUCUCCUCCUCCAGUCAGACUCCAAGGCUGUACGUUUACACCGUUGUGUGCUCACCCUCCUGCGCAGCCGGCAAUCCACAUGGCUUCUCCUGUGGCUUUGGCACCAAACCCGGCCAUUAGAGGUACGGUCUUGUCUCCCUUUCCUUGGUCACGACCCCGUGGCAACAGUUUAACAGACCGCGGGUCAACAGAGAGCCUGUCCACGAACGGAGACUCCGCUCCGUCCCUCGGCGGUCAGCCUCAGGACCUCAGUGGCAUCAAGUGGCCCAACGUGCCCGGCCUUUGCCUCAAGUACGUGAACAGGGACCGGAGGGUCAAUCCCCCGGCGGAGGAAGGGGACGGUUGCCCCAAGCCGGACUCUCCCACCAAUGUGGAUGGAGCGAGGCCCCCUGAAAAGAGCCAGCAAAGGGUCAGCUAUUCCACGACGGUCAACAUCCAGAUUGGGGGCAGCGGGCGGAUUGCCUCUUUCAGCAACGCUCAGGUCAGCUUGACCCACCCCCUCCAGGCCACGCCGGAGCCGCUGAGUCUCAGGAAGGUCAACGGCAGCACCCCAAAAACGUGAUCCUUUCGGCGGUUUCCACUUUCCAGAUCUUGCAUUUGGAGAGAAGAUUUAAAAACCAUGGGAAGAUCUGCAACAGAUGUGGGUCUAAAGCAGUGUUUACCAAACUCUGGUCUUCCAGUUUCCAGAAUUUUAAUCACUGGCCAAAACAGCCAAGCCUUCUGGAAGCCGGAGUCCAAAACACUUGGAGGAUUCGAGUUUGAGGAAUUCCUGGCUUAAGAUUUCAACAAUGGAUCUUGGUUUUGUCUAAAGCUUUCAUGGCUGGAAUCACUACAGUAUUGUAUGGUUUCCUUGCUGUAUGGCUAUGUUCUAGCAGCAUUUUCUCCUGACUUUUUCACCUCUAAAGAUGCCAGUCACAGAUGCAGGUCAAAAUCAAAUCACGUUUUAUUGAUUAGCCCAUCGGCUGUAUCAAAACAUUUAACACAUAGACAUACAUACAACAUACAACCCGUGGUACAAAAGAAGCUGUUAACACGAUCCCAUUCAAGUCAAAUAUCUGCAUCACCUCCACAGUUUACCCCAAUUGAUUCCAAAUAUGCAGUUCUCAGCUGUGUUGCUUUGAAUAGGAAAAGGGCUGUUUUGUGUGUUAUUUUAGGAUUCCGGCCGGCCAACAAAAAUGAAGUUUUAAUAUAUGGGUCCCAGUGUGUUUUGCGAAUAAUGUAUGGCCCGAGACAUUGGUCUCUCUCUUUCUUUAUACAAUUCACAGCCGAACAGUACAUGUACGAUAUCCUCCACUUCUGAUGCUCCACAAAUACAAAAUCAUUCAUUGUAUGGAACUUGGUUGAACUUUCCGGGUUUGACCAUCGUAUCCAGCUACUCAAAACGAGCUCUGGUAAAUACCCUCCUGAGGUGUUUAGGCAUUUCUGUCUGUUUGAAAAGUAUGUUUAAAACGGCUUAACCAUUUCAAUGAUCCAGCUUUACUGAGAGUAGCAAUGUCUUUUUGGCCUUCUAUAUCCAGUACUCGUUCAGCAACUAUUUUUGGGUCUAGUUCUUCUAAGAGAUUUGGAUACCGAAUCGGAAGUCCACAACUCCUAAUGUAUUUUGUCAGAUGUGCCGUCGCGCCUGGGGCUCUAACUCUUAGCGAAAGAGGCAUGGACGUGACAUCUUUCCCCAGGGGAUUGCUUCUUGCCCUCCUUUAGGGAAACUGGAACUCCCAAGGACCAAAACACUGUAGAUAACUCAAAACUGGUUUUAUUGUUCACAAUAGGUUAUCCCUUUAAGGAAAUAAGCUGGAAGUUUCAAAGGGGUAAAGGAAAAUAUACAUUACAGUCUUUGGUUGUAUUAAGUCCAAGGAGCUCUGCAGCUGAGAAGCUUUUCCAGGUCCCUCUUUCUCAAUGUCUGUGAAUGCCAGAGCAAUCCUCAGCCUCAGUCCAAAUGGCCUAUGUUUGAAGACACAGAGUCUUCCUCUGAUGCCAAAGAACUGAUUUGAAGGCACUUGAGACUCCCCAACGUCGUCCAGGUUGACCCUGAACAUGAAGCAUAAGUCUCAAGGGUAAGAACCUCAGAAUUGGUGCUGAGAGGUAACUUAAUCAAGGGCUUUUAGAGCCAAGUCUCUCUCUCAUGUCCAUCUGGUAGAAAGCUAGAUGGUGGAAAGAAAAAGGAAACACUGUCCUACUCCAGGAAAGGGUGGAGCUAAGUGAGCAAUAUAACUGGUGCAAACAACAUUGAUUGACAGCUAUAAAUAACCAAUCAAUCCAACUACAUUUACAUUUAUCUGCUCUAAUAGGCACAGUUUUGACAGUCCAUCAUUUGCCAUGGCAGUAAGUUUUAUCCAGUAGUUGUAGGCCCUGAUAUUGGAUAAGCCAUCAACUAUAUAUACUCCCAGUUCCGCUCUUAGUGCGGCAGCUGGGGCACAGAUGCAGGUGAAAAGUCAGGAGAAAAUGCUGCUAGAACAUUCCAGUAUUUGGAUUUCUUGCAAAUUGCGAGGCUCAUUCUCCAGUUUUCACUCUCCUAUAAGGAAAGGUCUGCUGUCCUUGAUCUCCCCACCUUUGCUCUUGAAUCGAUUGGCGUUGAUUGGUGCCAGCAAGGGUGCCAUCUUGAUCCCAGGAGGGAUAAGAACCAAGGCAAACACAACACUAAAUAAAAUCUGCAACACACAUAAGAGUUCGGCUCCUUUGAGGAACAGUGAAGAUUUAAAGGCACCUUUGUCCAUUUUUUUGCUGUUAUGUGAUCGGAGGGAGCUUCACGCUUGUCAUUCUCAACUUUGCCAGAUGUUUUAUAAUUCCCAGGAGUCCCUUCCGUUGGGUCCAAUGAUUGGGCAUUCUGGGAGGUGAAUUCUAAAGGACCCAAACCAAUCUGAGAAGCCAUCCACACUGAGUACAUCUAGAAUUAAUGCAGUUUGUCAGCAAUUUAACUACAGUGGCUCAAUGCUAUGGAAAUCCACUUUCUAUGCCAUCUCUCUUCGGCAUAGAAGGUUCAAAGUCGAAGUCAAACUACAACUCCCAAGAUUCCAUAAUGUCAAGCCAUGGCGGGAAAAGUGCCAAACUGCAUCAGUUCGACAAUAUAGAUGCAUCCUGCAAGGGUCAGGUUUACUUUCAUAACACUAUGUAACAACAUUUGAAAAAUGUUCUGUUCCUGGUUUGGAAGUGCUAUUCCUGUUUAAUUGUGUGGGAUUUGCUUGGAAAGAAGUCGUUCUACUCCGGAAACUUUGUUUUGUGUUGAAUUGGUUGAGACUUGAUAAGAUAUGCACUGAAAAUGUGCUAUUGCAGGAUGUCCCUCAAAAAUAGUUUUUGCAGUUUAAUGAACUAAUAAUCCAUGUAUAAAAAAAUGUAAUGUGGAGUAAACAACAAAACCACUGAACCCAAUCACACCAAAUUUGGCCACAAAAGACAUAGUCAUCCAAAAUAUGUCUUUCAAUCAAAAAAAAAAACCUUGAAAAAUAGUCCAAAUUACAGAAGAUGAGGAAGAGCCUUUCUCCCCCUAACUGCCAGUUAGAAAGGUAGGCUCUGCUGCCUUUAGGCCCCGCCCCCUUCGUAUCCUAGCAACUCCCUCAGCCAAAAUGGCAGAGUGCACUUAGGCUUCUUAGACACAGCCUAUAAAAUACAGAUUAUCUGAUUUGAACUGGAUUAUAUGGCAGUGUAGAUUCAAGGUCCUUCCACACAGCUAUAUUACCCAUUUAUAAUCUUAUAUUAUCUGCUUUGAACUGGAUUGUCUUGAGUCCACACUGCCAUAUAAUCCACUUCAGUGUGGAUUUUAUACAGCUGUGUAGAAGGGUCCUCAUAUAAUCCACUUCUAAGCAGAUAAUAUAAGAUUAUAAAUAUAAUAUUAAAUAAUUACUGUGGUGUAAUAAUACAGAAUUAUAUCAUCUCUAAAACCAGGCCAGUAAAUAAAGAGCAACACUCUGAAAGCAGGGAAAUUGGGAAUUCCAGAAAGGAAACAAUCAGAACCAGCUAACACUUCCCAACAAAGGAUUCCCCCAGGCUUUGAAGCUACAAAGCCAUUAAAUGCUAAUCACGGUGCCUAACUGCAGUAUUCAUACCUGCCACACUGAGACUAUUAAUUGCAAUUCAAACUGGCCAAUCAAGGAUUCCGCAAGGUAGAAAGCGGCCAGGCUUGCAAGCAGCAAGGCUAUUCAGUGCUAUUCAACCUGGCCAACCAAGAUUUCCCUUAGGUGAAAAAUCCCCAGGCUUUGAAGCCACGAGGCUACUCCGUCCCAUUCAACCUGGCCUAGCAAGGAUGCCCUAUGUAGAAAGCGGCCAGGCUUUGAAGCUGCAAGACUAUUCAGUGCAAUUCAGUCUGCCCAAACAAUUAUUUCCCUACAAAAGAAGUAGCCAGGCUUCUUUAAUUGAGGGAGCUACUCCAGAAAAUGGCCAGGCUUUGAGGCUGCAAGGCUAUUCACUGCUAUUCCUCUUGGCCAACAAAUGAUUCCCAUAAGCACAGCAACACGUGGCCGGGCACAACUAGUAAUAAUAAUCAUCAUCAUCAUCAUCCUUUAUUUAUAGACCACCCCAUCUCCCCAAAGGGACUCAGGGAGGUUUCCGACAUGUACGGCAAACACUCAAUGCCAAAAAGGGAAAACAAUUCAGAAAACUACAUCAGGACAAAUAAUAUUAAACAAUAUGACAGCAACCUGACUCUAAACUCGAUAACAGGCAAAAUAACUGACAAUAAGAACUUAAAUGACCUAUACAAACAUAUUAUUAUUAAUGUAAAUUUGACACUCAAUAAAAGCAAUUAAGAACAAUGGCUUAAACCGUUAUAAAAAGAUGCAACAACCAGCAACUAGACUACUAUUAUGCAACAACCAGCCGGCUAGACAAGAGGUAAGAGUAUAAGUGGGCAUGUUAGUCUCUCCAUAUGCCAAAGUGCACAGAUGGGUUUUCAGCAGUUUUUUCAAAGCAAGGAGAGGGAACAAUUUUUAAUUCGUUGUCGAAGGCUUUCAUGGUCGGAAUCGCAGGGUUGUUGUGUGUUUUCCGGGCUGUAGAGCCAUGUUCCAGAAGCAUUCUCUCCUGACGUUUUGCCCACCUCUACGGCAGGCAUCCUCAGAGGUUGGAAAAAACUAAACAAGGAAGGUUUAUAUAUCUGUGGAAGGUCCAGGGUGGGAGAAAGAACUCUUGUCUUUUGGAGGCCAGUGUGAAUGUUUUUAAUUAAUCUCCUGGAUUAGCAUUAAUGGCCUUGCUGGAUUCAUGUCCUGGCUUCUUUCUGCCUGGGGGACUCCUUUGUUCGGAGGUGUUAGCUGUCCCUAUGUUUUUAGGACAGAACUAAUUAGGAAAUGACAUUUUUAACCCAGGAACAAAAAUUGUGUUACAUAGUGUAAUUACACCAGGAGUGAGUGGCAUUUCCUUGUCUAGAAAUGGCUACUUGAUCUGUUCUAUGGGGCAGCGACCCAAUGGAAACAAUUCCUCUUGCAUAAACCCUAUUGCUAUGGUAUAGGCUGCCUUUGUUUCUGUGAAAAAACAAAUUGAUUUGGAUUUCAAGCCCAAGCAGGAGGUGGCUUUUGGUACAUAAAGGCCAGUGUCACAAUUGCAAGCUCAGAUACCAGAGUUUUGGAUUAUUUUACUUUUUCAAGCUGCCAAACUUCACUUUUCCCCCCACUUUCUCUUUCAUUCACCAAGUCGGGGAGCUUCCUUAAUCAAUAGUAACUUAUGGGAAGGAAAAAAGUUCCUUCUCUCUCUCUCCCAUUUUUAGGUAAACACAAUUUCUUAACAGUUGUAGUGUUGUUGGGUUUGUUUGGGUUUUUAAACAAUGCCUAUUUAUAGUGACACCAUUAUUUUUUAAUUUAACGUGAAGGCUUCUUCGCCUUCCUCACAAAAGGGUACGGUCUCGUUUCUGUGGUUUAUUGUAAUAUUCCCUUCCCAAUCUUGUAAAUAAACACGGAUAACGUUUA